CUGGUAGCACUAGAGAGAAACGUGUCCAUGGUUUUGUUCAAUAUUCUGGUGCAUUCAUCCUUUACUGAUGCAAUAAGAUACAAUCGUUGCAAUGGCCUCUGAAAGUUCGGAAUCUCCUCAAAUUGAUGGAAUUUAUACCUCUGAAAAAAGUGGUAGCGACGAAAAUGGCAAUGGUUCGAAAGAAAAUCCAUACAAAACAAUAUUACAAGCUAUGCGUCAUGCGAAAGUUGAGCCUUUCCCCACAAUCUACGUAGAUAGUAAAGAUCCAAAAGAGGAGGGCCAAUUUGAAGUUGCUGCAAAAUCGCAAUUAAAAAAAAUACAUAAAAUUUUUGCACGCGAAGGUUAUAAAAAUGCGGAGAAGCAACAACGCGAAGCAGAUGAUAAUGAGAAGCGUUUGCAAAAUUUGGAAGAAGCACGUAAAAUUAAAAUAGUGGAAGACCCAAAUUUACCCACUGCCCGCAGAAUUUACAUUCGCCACGGUGAGGAAUAUCGUGGAGAGCGCAUUAAAGUAUAUGGUUGGGUACAUCGCUUGCGUCGACAGGGAAAGGGAUUAAUAUUCAUAACUCUACGCGAUGGAACUGGAUUUCUGCAAUGCGUGCUCACCGAUCAGCGCUGCCAAACUUAUGAAGCUCUUGUGUUGACCACUGAGAGCUCUGUAGUUUUAUUUGGUGUGUUGAAACCUGUGCCGGAUGGUAAAUCGGCUCCAGGUGGUCACGAAUUAAUUGUAGAUUACUGGGAAUUAAUUGGUUUAGCUCCUGCUGGUGGCGCUGAGAGUAUUCUUAACGAAGAAGCUCAUCCCGAUGUUCAACUAGAUAAUCGCCAUAUUAUGAUUCGUGGUGAAAACACUUCAAAAGUUUUAAGAAUGCGGUCUGCAGUUUUACAAGCUUUCCGUGCUCACUAUAUAGAACGUGGCUACGUUGAGGUAACACCACCGACAUUAGUACAGACACAAGUAGAAGGAGGUUCAACGCUUUUUAAAUUAAAAUACUUUGGGGAAGAAGCAUAUCUAACUCAAAGCUCUCAACUGUACUUAGAAACAUGUUUGCCAGCUCUUGGUGACGUUUUCUGUAUAGCACAGAGCUAUCGUGCUGAACAAAGUCGUACGCGCCGUCAUUUAGCCGAGUAUACUCAUUUAGAAGCUGAGUGUCCAUUCGUUACAUUUGACGAGUUUUUAGACCGCUUGGAAGAUUUGAUAUGCGACGUAGUGGAUCGCAUCUUAAAAUCACCAAUGGGACCACUUGUUCAUGAACUUAAUCCAGAAUUCAAGGUACCAAAAAGACCUUUCCGUCGUAUGAAUUAUGCAGAUGCCAUUAAAUGGCUAAAGGAAAACAACGUAACGAAAGACGAUGGCAGCUUCUAUGAAUAUGGCGAGGAUAUACCGGAAGCCCCGGAACGAAAAAUGACCGACACAAUAAAUGAACCAAUUAUGUUGUGCCGUUUUCCAGUUAAUAUAAAAUCCUUCUAUAUGUCAAAGUGUGCUGAAGAUUCCAAUUUGACGGAGAGUGUUGAUGUACUUUUGCCUAACGUUGGUGAAAUUGUUGGGGGUUCUAUGAGGAUUUACGACUAUGAAGAACUACUUAAAGGCUACGAACGUGAAGGAAUUGAUCCAACUCCUUAUUAUUGGUAUACAGAUCAACGUAUAUAUGGCACACAGCCGCACGGUGGCUACGGUCUAGGCGUUGAACGCUUCCUAUGUUGGCUACUCAAUCGUUAUCAUAUUCGCGAAGUUUGCUUGUAUCCACGUUUUCUUGAUCGUUGCAAGCCUUAAAUUAUUGGAUUCUUCUUAAUAACAAAAAUGAUUUUGCUUGCAUUUAUUUAAUAUGUUCAAAUGUAUUUAUUUGCAUUUAGUGCAUUCAUUCGUCGAAAAUUUCACUGUUAUCUAAAUUAUCGUCAAAUGAUACUUCGUCAACAUCAGCUUCAUCCUAGAAGCAAAAACAAUGAUAUUUUAUUAAAGACAUA